CCUCCUAUCUUGUUGAAGCACAUUUCUUGUAUUUCUCUGGGUACACUAGUGCUUCUCGAUUGGGUUCAAAAAGUCGAGCUCAUUAUGGCAAUCGUCUUUGGUAGCGUCUUUCUGACUCUACUUUUGUUGUUCACAUUACCCCAUAAGGGAUUUAUGGUCAUGGUUGCUAGCAUAUCACUUAUCGAAUUAAAAGAUUUGUUUAGGCAAUAUCUCGUUCCUGUGUCAGAUUUCAUUGCUGUUCGUGGAAUACUCAUGAUAUUGUCGAUGAAAAUUUCAUCGCUUGCUUUCGACAAAGGUCACGAUUUCGCCUUGACCGAUGCUGUUCCUGCUUUCGCUUUCUUGUUCAAUCCUUCAACAAUAGUUUUUGGUCCUUUCCACACAUAUGGUGAUUUCCUGAAAUCAAUGAACCGUGGAACAAGCAGAGAAGAACUAUCCAACGCAGUUCUUAGCGUUUCAUUAUUAGCUGUUGCUCUCUGUUUCUUGAUGUAUUCAUCAUGUCUUAGCAUAAUCGUGCCGGAAGGAAGCAUACUUGCUGAUUAUUUUUUGGCGCAGUCGUUUAGAUCAAGCCAUUUCUUCGUUUGUUUGCUCUCCCAAGCAUUGUCAAUGUUGUCUGGGAUGAGAAUAUCUGUCUGUUCGCCAUUUAAAGUAGAAUUUCCAAGGUCCCUUGUAGUGGUCGUUACUGCAUGGAACAUGCCGAUGCACCGUUUUCUUCACGUGUACCUCAAGUUUCUGUCUUUGGGUAGUGCAGGAUCGAUAUUCGCUUCGUUUGUAGUUAGCUCUUUAUUACACGGAUUCAACUUUCAAAUUACAGCUGUGCUGCUCUCUUUGGGUUUUGUCUCGUACUUUGAAAAUAGUAAGUCUUUACAGUCUUUGAAAAGUCCCUGA